AGAAAGAGGAGAGAGAGAGAGGGAGAGUGAGAGCGAGAGCCUCCUCUGGUUGUCUGUGAUCACCGGUCUACUGCAUUACUCUACAAUGCAGUUUCUCUGUACUCCUCCACUCCCUCCCUCUCUCCUCCUCUCUAUCUCUCUGUGAGCGCUAAUCUCCAGUCGCUCUCACUGCCUCGCAGCUCUCUGCCCUGCCACAGCGCAUAUCUCUCUCCCCUCGGCUGUGCACUCUCUCUCCCCAGUGAGGAUGACAUCCCCAAAUUCGAUGAACCAGCGAAGCUCGCGUACUGGCUGGUGGCUUCUGAGGGAGACCCCACAUGAUCGGGCUUACUGGACGAGGAAGUGCCCCUUCUAAGGAGCUUCACACAAAAAAACUGUCAGCACUGGCAGGCUCUGAAUUAGUGACUACAUCCCCCAGCUCUCUAGAUAAGAACAUCUCCCUCGGAAAAACUCCAUUACUCUAAAAACACUAAACAGCCAGAAGUUCAGGACACAUGUCACAGAUGGAACAGGAGAUCUCACUCGUCCAGAGGAAGAUGUCUGACCUGGAGACAGUGCUGCAGCAGAAGGAUGUGGAGCUGAAGGCCUCGGAGACCCAGAGGACCAUCCUGGAGCAGGACCUGGCAACCUACAUUACUGAGUGCAGUAGUUUGAAGCGCAGUUUGGAGCAGGCUCGUAUGGAGGUGUCGCAGGAGGACGAUAAGGCGCUGCAGCUCCUCCAUGACAUCCGGGAGCAGAGCAACAAGCUUCAGGAGAUCAAAGAGCAGGAGUAUCACGCCCAGCUGGAGGAGAUGCGAGUUACCAUCAGACAGCUGGAGGAGGACCUGUCGGCCGCCCGUCGCCGUAGCGACCUGUACGAGGCCGAGCUGAAAGAGUCGCGGCAGACCAGCGAGGAGCUGAAGAGGAAGGCUGCGGACUACCAGCAGAGGAUGCAGAAGGCCAAAGAACAAGGCAAAAUAGAAGCGGAGGAGCUCAUCAUCAAGCUGGAAAAGACCAAUGCUGAGCAGCAGGCAAAGAUUCAGGAUCUUCAAGAUAAGCUGACCAAGGCGAUGAAGGCGAGUGCGGAGGCCACAGAUCUUCUUCAGGGUAUCAGGGUGGCCAAAGAGCGCAUGGAGCGAGAGCUGGAGAGGCUGCAGAACAAGGAGGACUCCAGUGACAGCCUGCGUCGACGCCUGCGUGAGACCGAGGAUGGCAGGAAGACUCUGGAGAACCAGGUCAAAAGGCUGGAGAUCGUGGAGCGCCGGGAGACAAAACUGAAGGAAGACAUCCAGAGCAAAGCCCAGCAGAUCCAGCAGAUGUCAGAAAAAAUAUUGGAGUUGGAGGAGAAUCUGCGAGAGGCCCAAGCCACAGCCCAACGCAUGGAAACCCAUCUGGAGCAGAAAGAGAAGCUCUAUGAAGACAAGAUAAAGGUGCUUGAGGCCCAAAUGAAGGCGGACAUGGCUGACAAGGAGAUGCUGGAGUCCAGUCAGAGCAAAUAUGAAGAGGAGGUACGAGAGAAGUGCAGCAUCAUCAGCGAGCAGAAGGCGACCAUCAAUGCUAUGGACUCUAAGAUGAACAGCCUGGAGCAGAGGAUCGCUGAGCUGUCUGAGGCCAACAAACUGGCAGCUAACAGCAGCAUCUACACCCAAAAAAACAUGAAAGCCCAGGAGGAAAUGAUCUCCGAGCUGCGUCAGCAGAAAUUUUACCUGGAGUCUCAAGCUGGGAAGUUGGAGGCCCAGAAUGCCAAACUGGAGGAGCAUCUAGAGAAAAUGAGCCAACAGGAACAAAGCAACAAGAGUCGCGUGCUGGAGCUGGAGACCAGGCUCAGAGAGAUUGGGCUGGAGCAUGAGGAGCAGAAGCUGGAGAUCAAGCGUCAGGUGACAGAGCUGACCCUGUCGCUGCAGGAGCGCGAGUCCCAGAUCAGCGGCCUGCAGGCGGCUCGCCACGCUCUGGAGAACCAGCUGCAGCAGGCCAAGACCGAGUUGGAGGAGACCACCGCCGAGGCCGAGGAGGAGAUCACCGUGCUCAGAGCUCACAGAGACGAGAUACAACGCAAGUUUGAUGCCUUAAGAGACAGCUGCGCGGUGAUCACGGACCUGGAGGAGCAGCUGACCACGCUGACCCAGGAGAACGCUGAGCUGAACCGCCAGAAUUUCUACCUGUCCAAGCAGCUGGACGAGGCCACCGACGCCACCGAGGACCGGCUGCAGCUCAGCCAGGAUGUGGACCGCCUGCGUCGGGAGGUGGCCGACCGCGAGAUGCACCUCAACAACCAGAAACAGAACAUUGAGACUCUGAAGACCACAUGCACCAUGCUGGAGGAGCAGGUUCUGGAGCUAGAGACCCUGAACGACGAGCUGCUGGAGAAGGAGAGGCAGUGGGACGCCUGGAGGGCAGCACUGGAGGAGGAGAAGAACCAGGCCGAGAGGAGAACCAGGGAGAUCCAGAGACUGCUGGACACCGAGAAACAGAACAGGCUUCGUGCAGACCAGCGCAGCUCUGAGUCUCGCCAGGCUGUGGAGCAAGCGGUGAAGGAGCACAAGGCUGAGAUCCUGGCGCUGCAGCAGGCCCUCAAAGACCAGAAGCUCAAAGCCGAGAGCCUCUCUGACACUUUGAAUGACCUGGAGAAGAAGCACGCCAUGCUGGAAAUGAACGCCCGCAGUCUGCAGCAGAAGCUGGAGAGCGAGAGGGAUCUGAAACAGAGACUGCUGGAUGAGCAAGGCAAGCUGCAGCAGCAGAUGGAUGCUCAGAAGACCCACAUUUUCCGUCUGACCCAGGGUCUGCAGGACGCUCUGGACCAGACUGACCUGCUGAAGACUGAGCGGACCGACCUGGAGUACCAGCUGGAGAACAUCCAGCUCCACCUGCAGGCUGUGUACUCCCAUGAGAAGGUGAAGAUGGAGGGGACCAUCACCCAGCAGACCAAACUCAUAGACUUCCUCCAGGCCCGGGUCGACCACGGCGGCUCCAAGAAGAAAAAGGGUCUGUUUGGGCGUCGUCGAGAGGACCUGCUGGCUGCCAUGGCGGCCCAGGCCCAGGCUCAGGGUCAAAGUCAGGGUCAGGUGUCCCCGGUGCCCCCCGUCCAGCCGGUGCCCCUGCAGUACAGCGACAUGAAGGCGGCUCUGGACAAAGAGCGCGCUCGCUGCUCGGAGCUGGAAGACGCUCUGCAGAAGAUGAGAGUGGAGCUGCGAUCUCUGAGGGAGGAAGCGGUCCAGUAUAAGGCUCUGGAUCACGGUACUCCCGCCCCCCCAGCCACAGCGCGGCAGCAGAUGAUGAUGUCAGCCAUGGUGAAGUCUCCUGAGCACCAGCAGAGCACCAACCUGGCUCCCUCCAACUCCGGACGCAGGAAGGAGGCCGCAACACCCGAGGAGUAUAGCCGUCGUAUGAAGGACAGUCAGAGAGACAGAGAGAGGGAGAGGGAGAGGGACAGGGUGCACCACAACACCCCUCAUCGCUUCACAGUGGGACUCAACAUGAGAGCCGCCAAGUGUACAGUGUGCCUGGAUGCUGUGCACUUUGGUCGCCAAGCCGCCACCUGUCUUGAGUGUCACGCUUUGUGCCACCCAAAAUGCUCCCCCUGCCUUCCAGCCACGUGUGGCCUGUCCAGCGACUGCGCCCUGCACCUGUCUGAAGCCUUGUGUCGGGACAAAGGCAACUCCCCUGGCCAGCAGCUCAAAGAGGCCAGCGGACACAUGCACUUGGAGGGCUGGAUGAAGCAGCCCAGGAAUGGGAAACGAGGACAGGGCUGGGAGAGGAAGUACGUGGUUCUGGAUGGGACUAAAGUGUCUAUCUAUGAGAUAGAGCCCAGAGAAGAAUCAGUAAAGCCGCUGGAAGAGUUUGACUUAUGUCUGUCGGACGGAGAGGUGAUGGUUCAUGGAGCUGUAGGAGCAUCUGAGCUACCCAACACAGCCAAGUCAGAUGUUCCCUACGUCCUGAAGCUGGAGUCCCACUCCCACACCCCCUGCUGGCCUGGACAGUCUCUCUACUUCAUGGCUCCCAGCUUCCCAGACAAGCAGCGCUGGGUGGCUGUCAUGGAGUCUGUGGUAGCUGGGGGGCGAGCUUCCCGAGAGAAAGCGGAGGCUGACGCAGCUGCUGUGUCCAAAAGACAAAUGGUUCUGUCUCCUCUGGUCCAGAAGCUCCUAGGAAACUCUCUCCUGAAGCUGGAGGGAGAUGACAGGCUGGAUAUCAACUGCACCCUCCCUCUCACAGAUCAGAUAGUGCUGGUGGGCUCAGAAGAGGGUCUGUACGCCUUGAACGUUAUCAAGAACUCCCUGACCCACAUCCCCGGGCUGGGAUCAGUCUUUCAGAUCCACAUCAUCAAAGACCAGGAGAAGCUGCUGAUGAUUGUUGGUGAUGAGAGGGCGUUGUGUCUGCUGGACAUUAAGAAAGUGAAGCAGUCUCUGGCUCAGUCCCACCUGCCCAGCCAGUCCGAGCUGGCUCCUUACAUCUUUGAGACGGUGAAGGGCUGCCAUCUGUUUGCAGCUGGGAGAGUCGACAACGGCUCUUGUAUAUGUGCUGCAAUGCCCAAUAAAAUAACCAUUCUACGCUACAAUGACAAUCUCAGCAAAUUUUGCAUUCGUAAGGAGAUCGAGACCCUGGAGCCGUGCAGCUGCAUCCAUCUGACCAGCUACAGCAUCAUCAUCGGCACCAACAAGUUCUACGAGAUUGAGAUGAAGCAGUUUGUGCUCGAGGAGUUCUUAGAUAAGAAGGACGUGUCACUGGCCUCGGCGGUUUUCGCUGCCUCGUCCCACAGCUUCCCCAUCUCCAUCAUGCAGGUGACCGGCAGCAUGCAGAAGGAGGAGUACCUGCUGUGUUUUCACGAGUUCGGAGUGUUUGUGGACGCGUACGGACGCAGGAGCCGCACCGAGGACAUCAAGUGGAGCCGUCUGCCUCUGGCCUUUGCCUACAGAGAGCCGUACCUGUUUGUCACCUACUUCAACUCCUUGGAUGUCAUCGAGGUCCAGGGCCACGCUGCUCUGGGCGCUGCUCUGCUGGCCCACCUGGACAUCCCCAACCCUCGCUACCUGGGCCCGGCCAUCUCCUCCGGUGCCAUUUACCUGGCCUCCUCCUACCAGAACAAACUGCGGGUCAUCUGCUGUAAGGGCAGCCUGAUCAGAGAGUCUGGAGAGCUGCAGAGGACCGACUCCAGCCGAGGGAGUCCCAGUAAGCGCGGCCCGCCCACCUACACUGAGCACAUCUCCAAGCGCCUGGCCUCGGGCCCCGGCAGUCACGAGGGCCUGCACCGGGAGCCCAGCACCCCGCACCGCUACCGGGAGGGCCGCACCGAGUUCAGACGGGACAAGUCCCCGGCCCGACCGCUGGACAGGGAGAAGUCGCCCGGCAGGGUGCUGGACAGCCGCAGGGAGAGGUCCCCGGGGAGGUUCGGGGACAGCGCCAGGCUCCACACAGGCUCUGUCCGCACCCAGCUCACCCCGGUCAACAAGGUGUGGGAUCAGUCGUCGGUGUGAAUCCAGUUCCCUGCCUGCUCCUGACCGGAGGCUGCGGAGAACCGAUGGGAAGCCUUUCCGCUCUGACCACACACACCCCGUCAGUCAGUCACAUCGCCUGUACAUAGUGCAGUCUCAGUUCCUCAUCCGACAACACGUUAACUUGCACUGGGAGACGUGUCCUUUGACAAUCUUGUCUUUUCUGAUACAUGCUUUCACGGGACUCGUCCCGAGGCAGAUUUCGGUGGCAGGGAAAAACCAUGUUUGAUCUGCGGAUCAAGAGAACCUUCUUUAUAAUAUAUAAUCAAAGUGUAAAUAUUGCUGUCUGAGUUUUUUAUAGAUAAAGGGAAUAGAAGGCUGGUAAAGCCAUGUCUAUUUUUUUUAAAAAUGCGUUUCUAACGAUGUUGCAGGGAGAUAAAUGAUGUCGCUGGGAGAGAAAUCCAAUUAUCAACAUUUCAUUACAAUCUGAAAUACUGCAUUAGGUUUUCUCUGUUUGGAGAAUUACACCAACACUCAAUUUCCCACUGAAAUCAGAAUGAGGAAAAGGUUUUCGGGGAGGCAACACUUUGCACACAAGAUUGGAUUUGAACAGGAGACAAAAACUCGUUCUUGUUACAUGACCAGUCUUCUUUCUUGGAUCAAAUGUGUGGUCCUCUUGACUCAAUGGACUUUGAUACGUAAUUGCAUAUGAUUGCUUUAUUGACAGUUGUCGUCUGGCCAUAACUUUGUAAAACAAUAAUAGCAAUGUUUUGCUCCAAGUGUUCCUUGUGUUGUUUUAGCAUACUUAAGAUUACUAAACAUCCAGCUUUGCCUCUGAUGACAGAUGUCUGGCAGUCAGGCUGGCUGACCGGCCCUCAGCUUGCUCUUAGUCUGCUGCUGCUGCUGAUUAUGGUACAGAUGUCCUGUUCUUACUUCUGUGCAGUGAACUAUGAAGUCCAGUAAUCGUCAGGGGUCGUCACUUCCUAUUAUCGCUUCCUUUAGAGCCAAUAAGAGAACCUCCAUUUGUCGCAUCAAAGAGCAUGAGUAACUUAGAGCAGCACUUGUUGCUUUUUGAUCUUGAUUCUUUUUCUUGGUUGUGUUUUGUCACGUAUCCACUUGAAUUUGCAUUCAAUGAGUAGACAUUGAUGUGAGACAAUAACUUUAAGAUUUUCUUGAUUUUUAGAAAUGUAUACCAGUACAUACAUUAAACA